AUGGCUGAUCAAUGGCAUGACGAGAGUCUCGUAAAUGCUUUAGCACGAGAUAUUGAUGAUGAUGAUGUUCCUGAUGCUUGGGAUGAAGCGCCUGUAGAAAAACCUAAGAAAACAGACGUAGAAGAAAAAUCCAAAGCACCAGCGAAAGCACCGGCAACAUCAAAAAAUAAACAAGUGAAGAAGAAAUAUCUUGGCGAUGGGCAUACAAGUGAUGAUGAAUUUCUUGAGUCUUUGAAAGAACCUGAUCGAGUAUACACAGCUGAAGAACUUGAAGACCUAAGAAAACGUGCUGAUCUACAAAAAGAAGAAGUAAAAUUGAAGAUGGCAACUGAUUUCAUUGGUACUAGCGGUGAAAAAGAUUCAUUAGAUAAUGUUAAUCUAGUGAACAAAGACGAAUUUCUCAAUUACAGUUUUCGUUUAUAUAAUCGUCUUGAACUUUUAUCAAAGUCAGAAUUCUAUGCAGAAUUUCUUGACGAUUUGCUUACUGGAUUAGCAAAACCUUUAUCACUUGAGAGUGUUAAACGUAUGUCAGCAAGAUUACAAGCUAUAGUAGUGCGCAAACAAAACGAGAAGAAAAAUUCUGCAACGAAAAAAUCGGUUAAACCACAAUUAAAAGCAGAUCGACGAAAUGAAUUGGAUUCAUUCGUUGGCGAUGGAAUUGUUAGUGUUGAAGUAGAUCCUGGAUACGACGAAGAUAACGACUUUAUGUAA